AUGAAAGUACUUUAUUUCUUAGUAGUUUUAUAUUUGACAUGCAUUAGUUCAGUAUCUUUUGCUGCUGAUAAUUAUUGCGAGGCAUUAAAAUACUCUUUGUUAUUUUACAAAGCACAAAGAGCAGGUAGAUUGCCUGAUGCAGAUAUACCGUGGAGAGGUAAUAGUGUGUUGGGUGAUACCUAUAACAAUAAAGUCGAUAGUAAUGGUGAUGGUAUAUUAUCAAAAGGUUAUUUCGACGCUGGUGAUGGUGUAAAAUUUGGUUUCCCAAUGGCUUAUACAAUGACAAUGUUAAGUUGGAUUUAUAAUCAAUACGAAUCUAAUAUUGUUGGUUGUGGUUUAGACUCUCUCUAUAAAGAUGUUAUAAAGUGGGGUUCAGAUUAUACAAUUGCCUCCCAUGUAGAGGAUAAUGUUUUUGUAGGUCAAAUUGCCGAUGCUAAUGUAGACCACUCUUAUUGGAUUCCACCAGAAGACAUUUCAUAUACUCGUACAGUCUAUACAAUUGAUUCCAAUAACCCAGGUACCGAUCUCGCUAUGGAGGCAUCUGCUUCUCUUGCAGCAACUUAUCUCGUUUUUAAAUCAAGUGAUAGCUCCUAUGCUAAUGAAUGUCUAAGCCAUGCUAAAACUCUUUAUAGUUUUGCAAUAAAUAGUGAUAAGAAGCUAUAUUCUGAUUCAAUAAAAGUUGCCUCUGGUUUCUAUACCUCUGGUGGCUAUAACGACGAAAUAGCAUGGGCUUCUGCUUGGUUAUACAAAGCUACUGGUGAAAGUAGUUAUCUUUCAAAUGCUGCCACUUAUUAUGCAAAUAACGAAGUUCAAUAUGCAAAUCAAUUAAGCUGGGAUCAAAAAGGUGUUGCCGUUGGUAUGUUGCUAUAUCAAAUUAAUAAUGGUGCCACUUAUAAAUCAAAUGUAGAGACUGCACUAAAAUACUGGCAAAAAAAUGGUGGUGUAAACUAUACUCCAAAUGGUUUAGCUUAUUUAAAUGAAUGGGGUCCAUGUAGAUAUUCAAUGAACAUGGCUUUAAUUGCUUCCAUGUAUGGCGGUGACUAUGCUAGCUUUGCAGAGUCACAAUUAAACUAUGUCUUGGGUAAUAAUGCAAAAUCCUAUUCAUUUAUUGCAGGUUGGGGUUCAAACUAUCCAAAGAACCCACAUCAUAGAGCCUCACAUCAUUCAACUACCCAAGAUAUCAAUAAUCCAACCACAAAUACCUAUGUAUUGUAUGGUGCUUUAGUUGGUGGUCCAGCUUCCGACGAUAGCUAUAAAGAUGAUAGAACAGAUUACACCCAAAGUGAAGUUGCUUUAGAUUAUAACGUUGGUCUUGUUGGUACAUUAGCUGCUUUCUCCUCAAAUAGUGCUGCAGCCUCAACUACUAAUCCAUAUACUGGUAAUGAUAUUACAUCCAAUUCAGAUUCUUCCACUACCCAACCAAAUACCAAUUCCGACGAUUCAACCACCACACCAGGUGAAAAUGGAAACACCCUAAAUAGUAAUUCUGAAUCACCCAAUGCCGAUCAUUCUGAAUCUGAAUCAAGUGGCGCUACAACCAUCCAAAAACUUUCUUUAAUAUCUUUAUUAUUAUGUUUAAUUGUUUCUCUAUUUUAA